ACUGCAAAACAGUAUUGAAGUGACAGCGAUUUGCGCAAAUACAAAGUGCUCAUUCGAAGCGAUUUUUACAAAUUUUACGCAGUGGUGUUUAAAUUAUUUGCAUAAAUAGAGGAAAGGAGGAAAUAAAGAUGCCUGAAGAACAAGCAGAAGUGGAAACUUUCGCCUUCCAGGCAGAGAUUGCUCAGUUGAUGAGCUUAAUCAUCAACACAUUCUAUUCCAACAAGGAAAUUUUUCUCCGGGAAUUAAUCUCCAAUUCGUCAGAUGCUUUGGACAAGAUUAGAUAUGAAUCUCUUACUGAUCCUUCAAAACUUAAUUCUGGAAAAGAACUUUAUAUCAAAAUCAUCCCAAACAAAAGUGAGGGAACAUUAACAAUCAUUGAUACUGGAAUUGGAAUGACAAAGGCUGAUCUGGUCAACAAUUUGGGUACUAUAGCGAAAUCAGGUACCAAAGCCUUCAUGGAAGCCCUUCAAGCUGGAGCUGACAUUUCCAUGAUUGGUCAGUUUGGCGUGGGUUUUUAUUCUGCAUAUUUGGUUGCUGAUAAAGUAACUGUGGUAUCCAAGCACAAUGAUGAUGAACAGUACAUCUGGGAGUCCUCUGCUGGUGGAAGCUUCACAAUCAGGCCAGAUCACGGAGAACCACUAGGCCGUGGUACAAAAAUAAUAUUACACAUUAAGGAAGAUCAAACUGAAUUCCUGGAGGAACACAAAAUCAAAGACAUUGUUAAGAAACAUUCCCAAUUCAUUGGUUAUCCAAUUAAAUUACAAGUAGAGAAGGAACGUGAGAAAGAACUAUCUGAUGAUGAAAUGGAAGAAGAGAAGAAAGAAGGAGAAGAAGAUAAGAAGGAAGAAGAAGACAAACCAAAAGUAGAAGACGUCGGCGAAGAUGAAGAAGAAGAUACAGAUAAAGAAAAAAAGAAAAAAAAGAAGACAAUUAAAGAGAAAUAUACUGAAGAUGAAGAACUGAACAAAACUAAACCAAUUUGGACCAGAAAUCCAGAUGAUAUCAGUCAAGAAGAAUAUGGAGAAUUCUACAAAUCUCUCACCAAUGAUUGGGAAGACCAUUUAGCAGUUAAACACUUCAGUGUUGAAGGUCAAUUAGAAUUUAGAGCUCUUCUUUUUGUACCAAGACGAGCACCUUUCGAUCUUUUCGAAAACAGGAAACGCAAAAACAACAUCAAAUUGUACGUCCGACGAGUAUUUAUCAUGGACAACUGCGAAGAACUUAUUCCCGAAUAUUUAAAUUUCAUUCGAGGAGUGGUAGACAGUGAAGAUCUUCCACUUAACAUCUCUCGUGAAAUGCUCCAACAAAAUAAGAUCUUGAAAGUAAUCCGUAAGAAUUUGGUAAAGAAAUGUCUUGAAUUAUUUGAGGAAUUAGCUGAAGACAAAGAAAAUUACAAGAAAUUCUAUGAACAGUUCUCAAAAAAUUUAAAAUUAGGAAUUCACGAAGAUUCUCAAAAUAGAUCGAAAUUGGCUGACCUCCUUAGAUAUCACACAUCUGCUAGUGGAGAUGAAGCUUGUUCUCUUAAAGAGUAUGUCAGCCGUAUAAAACAAAACCAAAAACAAAUUUACUACAUUACAGGAGAGAACAAAGAACAGGUUGCAAAUUCUGCAUUUGUAGAGAGGGUUAAAAAGCGUGGAUUUGAAGUUGUUUAUAUGACUGAACCUAUUGAUGAGUAUGUUGUUCAACAAUUAAAGGAAUAUGAUGGGAAACAAUUGGUAUCUGUAACCAAAGAAGGACUAGAACUUCCCGAAGAUGAGGAAGAGAAAAAGAAGAGAGAAGAAGCCAAAGCCAAAUUCGAAGGGCUUUGUAAAGUUAUGAAGUCGAUCUUGGAUAACAAAGUAGAAAAAGUAGUCGUUUCUAACCGUUUAGUCGAAUCACCAUGUUGUAUUGUUACAUCACAAUAUGGAUGGACUGCAAACAUGGAACGUAUAAUGAAAGCACAGGCCUUACGUGAUACUUCGACCAUGGGAUAUAUGGCUGCAAAGAAACACUUAGAGAUUAACCCAGAUCAUCCCAUCAUUGAAAAUCUCCGCCAGAAAGCGGAAGCUGACAAGAACGACAAAGCAGUUAAAGACUUAGUUAUUUUAUUGUUUGAAACUGCUUUACUUAGUUCUGGAUUUACUUUAGACGAACCCCAAGUUCACGCAUCUCGCAUUUAUCGAAUGAUUAAACUGGGUCUUGGUAUUGACGAAGAGGAGCCAAUGAUCACAGAAGAGGCGUCAGCAGCCGGAGAUGUACCUGCCCCCGUAGGAGACUCUGAAGACGCGUCGAGGAUGGAAGAAGUCGAUUAAAUCUAUUACUUUUCUGUACAAAUGUUAAUUUAUUGUUUUAUAUUUUUAUUCAAUGUUUAUACCGACUGAUCUAAGUUAUUGUAUUGGCUAGUUAAUUCUUCAGUAUUUAUGUAGUUGUACCUAUAUCACAGGGCUGUGUUGCUUAAAUGAAAAAUGUCCGUGUUAUAACAAAAAGUGAAUAAUGCCUUCAGUACAAUAAAAAUAUGUAUUGCA